AUGCUCCCGCCGCCGCCGCCGCCGCUGCCACAGGAGGAAAAUAAUACAUCUGAGACAAGAGCGAUCGCAACGCAGGGUCUUUCACCAGCUCGGCCGCGGCCGAGCGCCCUCGGCCGUCGCGGCGGGCGCUCGGCGCGGCGCGGAGGCGGUAAGCGGUACUCACGCGACUCGGUCGGCGUGCGGCAACAGUGCGACGACGAGUGCGAGCAGCAGCGGCGCGCGGCGGGCGCGCGGCCGGAGCGCGCUCAUGGCGCUCGUGUGGAGUGCGGGCGGCCGGGGUGGCGAGCGCGGCGCACUGCCGCCUUGCCGCCCUCCGCUACCGCCCGCGCCCGCGCGCCGCCCCGCCCCGCGCCGCGCCCGCCGCCAUCGAUCGCGCCCCCGCGGUACUUCGCCGUGCGACCUGAGGGCGGAGACACGUCUUUUAGUCCGUCUGCCCAUUUGUGGCAUGUGUUCAAACCUCUUUCAAACUACUAUUAUGUCAAAGAUGAUUCGCUGUCAGUGUCACAAGCGAGAAUUUCACAUUUGUCAAUCAAUUGUUACAAAAUAAAAACAGAGUGCGGGCGGUGUCAGGCCGAGAAGAGCGAUCGCAGCACGCUAGGAAGCGUUGCGGGCGCAUCAGGUGCAGUGACAGCAAGCGCUGGGCCCAUCAACUGA